AUGACAGACGUCAAGGAUAUCACGCCGGAUCUUGACCGGCUAGAUGAUCAGCUCGAUGAUCUCGAGGAAACUCUUCAGCCUUUGCUCGGUAAUCUCGAAGGCAUGGCCUCUGAAUUGCCCCUGUUGGACAAAGCAAAGCUUUUCUCGCUGACAGCUUAUGCAAUUGAAUCUCUUUUGUUCUCAUCACUUAAAUUGGAGGGCUCUGAUACCCAAACACAAGCCGUUCUUGAUGAAAUCAAGCGAAUUCAGCAAUACUUUGGCAAGAUCAAGAACAUUGAGGCUCCUGAAGCGGAAGAGUCGCGAAAUCUCACAGUUAACCAAGAGGCUGCAGCACGUAUACUAAAGGCGGAUUUGGCCGACAACAAGACGAUUAGCAACAAGCUUGCUGAAAAAAUUGCAGAAGAGCGGGCCAAGGCCCUUCUGAAGUCUGUUGAGAACCGCAAGAGACCGGCUGAAGAGUCCCCUGUCCCAUCUAAGCCAGGCUCCGCUGUUGAUGAGGGAAAAGAUAAAAGCAAGAAGAAGCAGAAGAAAGGCAAGAAGAGCAAGUCAAAGAACUAA